UCUUUUCACCCCGCCAGUGGUACAGUUAUAUAUAUACAUUUACCGCGAUUCCUCAGGUUAGGGCUCUCUCUCAUCGUCGUCAAUGCUCCCUAAGUCCAAAAGUUGAAGGAACUCCGUAACAUACAGUUUUGUAUGUACAUUUCCUUCAAUUCCUCAGGUUCAGAAUGGCAAGCACUCCUGGCCAAGGGUUUAAUUCAAACAGAAUCUAUAGGCGUUGGUUAGCUGAAACAUUCGAUAGUCAUGAAACAGUGGAAGAUGACCCAUCAGAUAAUCUGAAUGGAACUGACGAUAUCAUGAAACCAUCUGUUGAAAAUUUGCCUCUAAGUUUGGAACCUCUAGAACCAAUUAUUGGCAUGGAAUUUGAAUCAGCUGAGGAUGCUAGGGAAUUCUAUGAGAUGUAUGGACGGUGUGUGGGCUUUACCAUACGGAAUAAUCGCACACGUCGAUCACUUAAAGACAACUCAGUAAUUGGCCGGGAGUUUGUUUGUUCAAAAGAAGGUUUCCGUGCAGAUAAACAUGCAAAGAGAGAAAACAGAAUCCUUCCGUUGCGGCCAGCUACCAGGGAGGGAUGCAAUGCAAUGUUGAGGAUAGCUGCAAAGGAUAAAGGUAAGUGGGUUGUAUAUGGUUUUGUCAAAGAGCAUAAUCAUGAGCUCAACCCUAGCAAAAUCCCACCACGAAGAUCGCAUCGGAUUGCAUUCUGUGAGGAUGAGAAAGAUCUUAAGAUCCGGGAACUAUCCACAGAGCUACAUCGCGAGAGAAAAAGAUCUGCUGCAUAUCAAGAACAGCUACAGAUGAUUUUGAAAUAUGUUGAGGAACACACUCGGCGACUAUCAUUGAAUGUGCAAGUAGUUUCUGAUAAACUGAGAGAACUUGAAUCUGAAGGAGAACAAGAUGAUUUAGACUUAGAAUAAUGUAAGUGUCAUUUUGAACCAUUUGCUUUGCCUUCCUAUCAAUGAAUCAGCUGCAGCUCUUGUUCCUUAAUGUUGUAUAAUUGAUUGCACUUCUAAUGUUUACUUUGGGCUGUUUGUUUGCAACUCCAUUGACAACUACUUGUGAACCAGUCAAUUUUUGAGUUGGGAACCAA